GGACGCAUCGGGGGUUGGAUCUCCGGCGAGGACGAGGCGACCUCCGAUGGCGAGCGGAGGCGGGUACGCCUGGGCCCUCGCGGCGGGCCUCAACGCCGCGCUCGCCGCCAUAUCCGCCAAGUUCUUCGCCCCCACGUUGCUGAAAUACGGCAUGGUGAUACUUUUCAACGUGACGAUGUGGGGGUGCUACGUCAACAGCCUCAAAGCUCUCUCGUCACUCCAGGCAACAGUCACCAACUUCGCCGCAAACUUCAUCUCGUCCGGUCUUGCAGGGUAUUUCCUGUUUCAGGAGCCACUGCCUUCUAAGUGGUUUGGAGGUGCCAGUCUGAUCAUUCUUGGUGUGUUUAUCCUCAGCAAAUCAAGCAUUGAGAAGAAACAGAACUCUGAUUGAUUGGAAUGUGCUGAACUCUUGGUGUGGUUAUGCUUUAGCUCUGUUUCCAGUGGGACAUUUACCCAUCCUAUUGCAGUGCCAAUGUUCGACCAUAGUUUGUGCAUUGGUCUCAGCCCAUCCACUAUCUGAACCUUAACAUCUGAGUUUAGAUCCACAACCUAGAUUGUAAUUGUGAUCAAAGAGUUGCUUGCUCUGAUUUCUUGGGGAGGGCAUUCAAACUGUUGUAUCAGUAUCUGUGUAAAUUUGUGACAUCAGAGUUAAGCAGGUCUCUUAUUGUUUCUAGUCA